AUGAUUAAUUCAUCCUGUAGCAGCUCCUCCACAAACAAAACCCUAUCGUCCCCGGCAAGGAACCUAACUCUGCAAAGUCGGAUCGAAGCGGCUUUAGAAAAGAAAGCAGAAAUCACUACGGUGCUUGAGCAAUGGCGACAACAACAAGAACAAGGGAAGCAAUUAAACCCUUCGUUGGUGAGAGGUGUCGUCGAGAACCUACGCGAUUCCCAGCGAUGUCGCGAAGCCCUAGAGGUAUCAAAUUGGAUGAUUGUACAAAAGAUCUGCAAUCUCAUCCCUGAAGAUUUCACUACUCGAUUUCAUCUGAUUGAGAACGUAUUUGGAUUGGAAGAAGCAGGGAAUUUCGUCGAGAGCAUCCCGGAGAAUUUAAGAAACGAAUCUAUCUACAAUUCUCUUCUAAGCAGCUACGUAAGACGAAAUGAUUUGGAUAAAGCCGAAUCUACUUUCAAGAAGAUGAGGGAGCUAGGGUUGCUAUUGAGAGCUUCACCGUAUAACUCGAUGACUUCACUCUACAGGCGUAUCCCUCACGGUAACCGGUGUAAGGUCGAUGAGAUUCUGCGAGAGAUGAAGGAGAGCAACAUUAAGCUUGAUAGAGACACCGUGAACAAUGCUUUGCGAGUAUACGCUGAUGUAACUCACAUAGCGACAAUGGAGAAGUUUCUUGCUGAAUGGGAAGGGAAUACACCGCUUGACUGGCUCACAAGACUUGACAUGGCUAAGGCUUAUCUCAGAAGUGGUUUUAAGGGAAAGGCUAAAGAGAUGCUUCGUAGAACAGAGGAAUUGAGGGAUCCAAAGUCCUAUGAGGAACUCAUGAGGCUAUAUGGUGAAGCAGGAGGGAGAAAGGACGUUUACCGUGUAUGGGACUUGUACAAGAAGUUAAGUAAGAAAGACAACGAAGGAUUCCGAGCUUUGAUUGGUUCACUAUUGAAGCUUGAUGAUAUAAACGGAGCAGAGGAGUUCUACUACAAAGAGUGGGAGUGCUCGGGACUUCCGUUCGAUGUCCGAAUCCCGACUAUGUUGGUGUCUAGUUACCGCGAAAAGGGAAUGGUGGAGAAGGCAGAUAAACUAAUAAAGGAGAUUAUGAAGAAUGAAGAAUCUGUUAAACCAAUCACUCCGUUGUUGGAGUCAUUGGAAAGAAAAGGGAAUGUAGUGAAGCCUUCGGAGUUAAGAGAUCUCAUCAAGAAUCUCUGUGACUCAAAUCAAUUCUAUAAAGCACUUGAGGCAUCAAAAUGGAUGAGUACAAAAACAUCUUUCAAUCUUUUCCCUCAAGAUUAUGCAGCUAGGCUUCAUAUGAUUGAAAACGUGUUAGGUUUUGAGGAAGCAGAGAAGUUUUUCGAAAGAAGCAUUCCGGAGAACAUGAAGGAUGACUAUGUCUACGGUACACUCUUAAGCUGUUACGCGAAAUCUCACAAAACUUUGGAUAAAGCCGAGGCCAUUUUCGAGAAGAUGGGAGACCUCGGUUUCCUCUCGAAACCUUCUCCAUUCAACUCGAUGAUAUCUCUUUACAGUCAGCUAGGAAAACGAGAGAAGGUGGAAAAUCUUAUAUCGAAGAUGAAAUGUAUGAACAUAGAGCCGGAUAGUCUCACGAUGAACAACGUUUUGAGAAUGUACGCAGAUGAAACCGACAUAAAGACAAUGGACAAGUAUAAAAGAGAGUGGAUUAAUGCUGAGAAAAACACCAAGCUUGAGAUGAGGACCAUGGUUGCAAUGGCGAAUGCUUACGAGAGAGCCGGUCUACUACUAAAGGCGAUUGAGAUAACAAGGAGUAAAAAUGAAGUUCACCGUCUAUGGAAUGAGUACAAGGAGAAGGAAAAGAGAAAUUAUAAAAUAGAUGACGCCAAUCUAUGUAAGUGUAGAAGUGCGGUUGGUGAUGAAGAAUAUCAAAGUGUGAUUAGCUCUUUGUUGAAGCUAGACGAUUUAAAAGGAGCAGAGGAGAUAUAUGGAGAGUGGGAACCAGAAGGACCCGAGUUCAAUACUCGAAUACCGUGUUUGAUAAUCUCUCGUUACUGCAAGGAAGGCGAUGAAGUGAAGGUAAGGGAAGUAGUGUACUCGAGUAUAAAGAAGCGGAAGCUAAUGCAGUUUGAGAGUUUCAAGGAAGAUGUGUACGUCUUUGGUGCCAUAUGUAUAGUGUGUGUGGGUUUUGUGGGCGUGCUAUUAAUGAUUAUAACGAACCCCUUGCUCUUUUUUUUUCUCCUAAUUCAUUUGUCUCGUUAAUUUCUAAUUGUUCUAUUACUGAAU